AGACAAAGUAUAUUUCUUUUCUAUCCAAACAUUUUUGACAGUAUCAGAAUAAUGAAUGAUACACAAUGUUCAGAUUAUAUCAGAAUAAUCAACAAUCAUUUUCUUCAGUUUGACUGGAAAAAAAAAAUCGUUCUUAAUUAUAUCGUGUUAACUUAUUAAAUAACCAAUCAUUUUAGUUUAUUGACGUAAAAUGAAAAUUAUAAGUGGGUCCUUUACACGUCAAAGCUAUGUGUGUUUCUGCGAAAGCCUUGUCAGUAUAGCGAAACGUUAAUGAACUUUCUUUGGUUAUACCGACGUUGAAGCACACGAGGCAACACCACACAAACUUAGGCACGCACGUGCACGUUCGUGUGUGUAUAUAUAUAUAUUACCUAACAUAUAGACCUCUCAAAGUGGUAAAGAGAAGACUAAGAAGAAGAAGAGAAAAUGGAGUGCAGAAAACACAAGCACCAAGGCAAUAGAGGAGUAUGCCCUUCUUGUUUAAGGGACAAACUCUCUCGCUUACCAAAUACCACGACGUCGUACUACGUCAUCAACCGAUCUACUUCCUCAUCCACCACCGUUUCCUCUUCUCCGCCGUCGCCGGUAAAGGAACUCCACCGGAGAGCUGGCUCCAUGUCGAUGUCGUUCGCGGUGAGGGAAGCGUUGAGUGGUCAGCUGGUUGAAGGACUGAAGAAAAGCAGAUCUAUGGCUCAUGUUCCCAGGGAUUCUUAUAUCGUACGGUCAUCCAAGAAGGCAACGGAGAAAUUAAAACCCACCACGGUGAAGAAGACUGGAUUCUGGAAGAAGUUGCUUCACCUGAAAGGGAAGGGCGGUGGUGCCGACGUCGGAGGGUUGGUUGCUUCACGGCAAAGAGUGUAUUAAUUUAGUAUUUUUAGAAUUUUCUUUUUGACGUGUACAGCUACAGAUUUGAAAUAACUAAAAAUAAUGCUAUAUACGUAAAAGAUACGUAACGCUAUGAAAUUUCCUGGCAUUUGACCAACCAAUCCGUGAUUUUCUAUCAAAUCUUGGAAGUAUUCAAUUUA